AUGAUUAUUUCUGAAGUAAUGUGUCUUCGUUAUAAUCAAGAAAAAGUAGACCGAUUGCAUCGUUUACGCGAAGACGUCAAUUGGCUUGUCGUAUCAGAGCGAAAUGACUUUCUUGUUUACCUGGAGCCUAUCAUCAAUGACUGGCACAACCAACUACCAAAUCUUCUAGACAUAUUUAGGCCCGAAGAAAUAGAACUUCUUCUAUUAGACUGCAUGAACAAUCCAAGUCCAAGCGACGAGGAAGUUUAUCUAGGGGAGUUGUUCAUCGAAUUCGUAGCUCGCUGCGGAUACCAGGAUUCGCUUUACGCUAUCGAUGAGAAGGACAAGCCGACGUCGCGACGUACCACACCUCUGCAUCUCGCAGCCAGAUGCACUUUUUACAACAGAAAUAGCAUGAUUCCACUGCUUUUUAAAAUAUACAACAGAUUCGACGUGAACUACGACGAAGAUGGAUUAACGCAUUUUCACGUGGCCUGCGAGUACGGCUGUGUCGACGUCGUUAAAAACUUUCUCGAGCGCGGCCAGGACCCCGAUUGUCUCGUACCAGGAACUAACGAUUCGCCGCUUCAUCUAGCCGCGAAGAACAGUAGCAACAAGAAGGUCAUCACUUUGUUGUUGAACAGAGGCGCAGACUCGCGUCGGGCAAAUAGCCAGGACACGACACCUAUCCACAUCGUGUGCAGGUACGACGAUGAAGAAGCGUUGCAGAUGCUAUUCGAGAAUGAUCAAGGUGGGCUGUUGGAGGCGAUCGAUAUCCAGGGCACGUUUGGCUGGACACCAUUGCACACGGCACUGCUUUACGCCAACGACAACGUAGCCAGGUGGUUGCUGGAAAGAGGCGCCGACGCUAACUCGACCAACGGGCACGGGGAAACGCCUUUACGCGUUAUCUGUAAGAGACGCAAUAAUUACAGUGACGCGGUCAAAGUGUUGUUCGAAAUAUGCGACAAGGUCGGCCAGGUGAUGCAAGUCGAUUCCAGAAACAACGAGGGCCUGACACCGCUGCAAGAAGCCGUAGUCAAUUUAGCGCCGAGAACUGUCGCUGUACUCUUGAAUCGUGGGGCCGAUCUUUCUAGUUUCGUUUUCCCGACUGAGGAUCACUUCACUAAGAGCUUUCGAGUAUGGCGUCACGAAUACGAUUUUAAAUUGCAGCUAGCCGCUGGCCUGCUGUGCGUCGUCGAACAGCUCGAAAAAAGAGGAUACAGACUGGGUUGA